CACUAGUGGAAUUUUGAUUAAGCUCACUCAGUCUCCGUACGUCAAUUCUUCUCCAGUGAAACGGGUCAAACAUUUCCGGCCACCGGGGAACAGCGAUUCUUCUCGCCGGAGAACUGAACUCUGUUCUGCCGAUAUCGUGUUCGGCUCAACCGCAUUCAAAUGCUACAUCUUUGAGAAGGAAAGAGAAAUAGAAAGUACAGAUGAUUCGAAUAACUAGCUGUUUCUGCAUAGCAAUAGUUGCACUGAGUCUGUUCGGGACUCUGUCAGAAUCAGCAUCUCAAGCCUAUCGUAGUAAUCCUGGUCACCAACAGUGGCACCAUGGAGCAUUUCAAGACGUGAAAGAAAACGUUCGAUCGGAAGUUCGUCAAAUGCUUCAUUCUCGAGCCGAGGUACCAUUUCAAGUUCCUCUGGAAGUCAACAUAGUUCUUGUUGGUUUUAGUGGUGAUGGAGGCUAUAGGUACGCAUUAGAUUCUCCAAAGUUGGAGGAGUUUCUGAAAGUCAGUUUCCCAUCUCAUAGGCCCUCGUGUUUGGCGACAGGCCAACCACUUGAUAUUGAGCAUCACAUAGUAUAUAAUACAUUUCCGGCUGGACAGCCAGAACUAAUAGCCUUGGAGAAAGCACUUAAGGCAGCAAUGGUGCCUGCUGGAAAUGCAAGAGAGACUGAUUUUGGAAGAGAAGUUCCCCUUUUUGAAGUUGAGGCAACUGCCGUGGAACCGGAAUUUCAGAAACUUUAUUCUUACCUAUUUGAUCUUGAAAGUUGGGGACAGUCUGCUGAAGAGAUGGAUAGACCCUGGCCUACUGUAAUCUUUAUUGUUAACUUUGAUAAGGUAAGAUUGGAUCCAAGGAACACGGACAUUGACCUGGACAGUUUAAUGUAUGGAAGAAUUACACAACUUAAUGAGGAAGAGAUGAAAAAACAAGAAGGAGAUUACAUAUAUCGCUAUCGUUAUAAUGGAGGGGGAGCUUCUCAAGUUUGGCUUGGCUCUGGCAGGUUUGUUGUGGUUGACCUCUCAGCAGGUCCUUGCACUUAUGGAAAGAUUGAAACUGAAGAAGGAAGCAUUAGUUCCAGAUCAUUGCCGCGUUUGCGGAAUGUUGUGCUUCACAAAGGGUCAGGUGUAGUAACUGAGCAUGCUGCUCAUGAUAUUUUUGUUGGGCAGCUUGCCUCUCUAGUUGCAACCACCAUUGAACAUGUCAUAGCUCCGGAUGUUAGGUUUGAAACUGUCGAUAUGACAACAAGGUUGCUUAUCCCUAUCAUUGUCCUUCAAAAUCAUAAUCGCUUCAAUAUCAUGACAAAGGGCUAUAACUAUAGUCUUGAUGUUGGAGCAAUUGAAGCGGAGGUGAAGAAAAUGCUUCACAAAGAACAGGAAGUAGUGAUGAUUGGAGGUUCACAUGCUUUGCAUCGCCAUGAGAAAUUGGCUAUAGCUGUUUCAAAAGCCAUGCGGGGUCAUUCCCUUCAAGAAACAAAGAAGGAUGGACGUUUCCAUGUACAUACAAAGACAUAUCUUGAUGGUGCGAUCCUUAGAGAGGAGAUGGAACGAUCGGCAGAUGUGCUAGCUGCCGGUUUACUUGAGGUUUCUGACCCUUCACUCUCAAGUAAAUUUUUUCUCCGUCAGCACUGGAUGGAUGAGAAUGACGGUACAAGUGAUUCCGUACUAAAGCAUAAACCUAUCUGGGCUACUUAUAACCAGAAUCGAAAGAAGGAGAAGAAAAGAGCAGUAAAAAAGAAGAAACAAGGUGAUCUGCACCGCACAUAUGGUACCAGAGUCAUUCCAGUGUUUGUUCUAUCUUUAGCUGAUGUGGAUGAACAUCUUAUGAUGGAAGAGGAAAGUCUUGUUUGGACAAGUAAAGAUGUAGUUAUUGUACUCCAACAUCAGAAUGAUAAGAUACCUUUGAGCUAUGUUUCAGAAAUAGAGAGAAGGCAUGCUAUUCCAAUGCUAGCCCAACAACAUAUAUUGGCAGGACUGGCUUCUGUUGUGGGUGGGUUGAGUGCUCCAUAUGAAAAGGCUUCUCACGUGCAUGAAAGGCCUGUUGUAAAUUGGCUCUGGGCAACUGGUUGCCACCCAUUUGGACCAUUCUCUAACACUUCACAAGUCAGUCAAUUGCUCAAGGAUGUCGCCCUGAGGAACACAAUAUAUGCACGUGUUGAUUCAGCCCUUCACCGGAUCAGGGAGACAUCAGAGGCUGUACAAGUUUUUGCUGCAGAACAUCUGAAAACUCCUCUUGGCGAGCCAGUGAAGGGUAAAAAGAACAAAACAAGUACUGACUUAUGGCUGGAAAAGUUCUAUAAAAAGACUACCAACUUGCCUGAACCAUUCCCCCAUGAGUUAGUUGAUCGUCUAGAAAAAUACUUGGAUAACCUAGAGGAACAACUCGUAGAAUUGUCUUCCCUACUGUAUGAUCAUCGCUUGCAAGAAGCACACUCGAAUAGUUCAGAUAUCUUGCAAAGUUCCAUUUUCACUCAGCAGUAUGUGGAGCAUAUUUUGGCUUCUGAGAGAGAGAAAAUGAAAUGCUGCAGUAUUGAAUACAAGCUUCCUGUGCAGUCUUCUCAGAAUUUAGUUUAUGCUGGUAUUCUACUAGCUGGAUUUUUCGUGUAUUUUGUUGUAAUCUUCUUUUCAUCUCCUGUACGUUAAUCUCAGGAAGAAUUUCUAUUGUUAGUUCACAUAAAUUUUGAAGGAAAUAGUAAGAUAAAAUAUGAUCAAGAUUUUGUGCCAAUAUUUCAUCAA